GAUACACAUUAUUUUUUAAUUAUUAUAUAUAGAGUAUGUAUAUGGUUCGUUCCUAUAUAUGUAUGGGAUGCAGUGGUACGUGGUGGUGUUAUUAUUAACUGUUGGGCACGACGUAGCUGGGUGGUGAUGGCCGGAAACCCUAACAACUGGUGGAGCACCAUGGUGAACGCCGGCAGUGAUGUGGAUCCUCCUCCGCCGCCGCCGCCACAGUCGCCACCAUCUCACCACCAUGAGAGCCCACAUUUCUAUGGACCGUCCGUUUCUUUGGCCGACGAAGCCCCGACGGCGACCCUCCACUUUCCACGUCCAUUCAACCAACUCAUCAUGGAUGGUUUGGGUGGCAAUGAAAAUGAAAAGUUUGGUAUGGGUCAUUUUCAAUACAAGAAUAAUGUGGUGCAAGAGAAUUGGGAAAAUCACCAAAUUGGUAUGAACAAACCAUCCUCCUCUUCUUCUUCUGCUCCCGCUAAUCCUGAUGCUGAUGAUGAUGUAAUUAAGGAAGACGACCCGUUUCCUAGAAUUGGACAGUUUUACAAUCGCGAUCAUCGUCUUUCUGUUAUACCCGAACAUGAUGAUCAUCACCGCCAUUAUUUCCCAUCAGAGCCGCCGGUGUUGUCGUCUCCGCCUCAUCACCACCACGACCACCGCCGCCAAACAAGAAGCCAUUAUGAUGAGCCACCGGGGAAAAACAAAACUGAUGAUGAUAGUGCUUCCCGACAUUCAUAUGAGAGUAACAGCACAAGCACUGGUAGUGGAGGAGCAACUAAUAAGAAGGCCAGGGUUCAUAAUCAUAAUCAUCAUUCUUCAACCCAACCAUCAUUAAAGGUAAGAAAAGAGAAGCUGGGGGAUAGAAUAACAGCCCUUCACCAACUUGUUUCUCCAUUCGGAAAGACAGAUACAGCCUCCGUUUUGUCAGAAGUUAUUGGUUACGUCACAUUCCUUCACUCUCAAAUUCAGGCAUUAAGCGCCCCAUACUUUGGCAAUGCAGCAAGGAGAAGCAUGGCUAACAUCAUUCACCAACAAUCUCCAGAAUCAGGAGGAGACGUUAAUAAGGAUCUAAGAAGUAAAGGGUUGUGCUUGGUGCCAUUGUCAUGCACUGAUCAACACGUGAUAAGUGUGGGUGGAGGAGGUGGAGGAGGAGGAGGCUGCACCACCUUCGACGGCGGCGUUAUUUUUAACAACGGCGGCCCUGCUGCUGAUUACUGGCCUCCUCUUGGCGGAGGAGGGUUUUAAUUGACUUAAUUAAUUACAAGCUUUUUAGCAUUUGAUGGAGUGACAACUUCUAAGUGUAAAUCCCAAUUGGAUUUGUAUUUGGAAGAACUUAAGGUGGACUGUAAUGAAAAGUUAGAUGUUCUUGGUGGAAGGACAAUGCUAAAAGAUUCCCUGAUGUAAGCUUAUGUGGUAAGAUUUUAACAGAGUGGAGAGCAUCACUUAAGCAUGAGAAUGCAGAAGCUUUGAUUACCACUCGUAGUUGGAUAUUUGGAUAUGAUGUUGAUUAAGAUGAAGGUGACAAAAUUGAAGAAGGCAUUGAGUUGGAUUUCAGGCGUACCAGUCUUGAUAAGCUUCCAAUUGAGAUGAAGGAUGACUUCACUUGAGAAGGAACAUUUAAUCAUUUUGUUUGAACUCUAAAUUAUUUGGUAUUUUGAUUAGUGUGCUUGGAUUGUUCAUUUGGGACGUGAUGAUGUUUACAUUUUUUUGCUAUGCUUACUUUUAUGUUG